AUGCGGUGCAACAAAAAUAAUGAUGUCUUCCUUUUGGGGAAGGGUGGAAUUUUUCUAGGUACCGUUGGUUUUGGCACCACACUUGCCAUGACAAAAAAGAAGAACCCGGACUGGUUCAGUAAGGGGAUUACUGCCACAGCUGCACUGCCAGAGAGCGGUGCGUCACUGGCCUUACGAGCACUAGGAUGGGGCUCGCUCUACGCGUGGUGUGGAGUUGGAUUGCUCAGUUUUGCCAUCUGGAAGGCCCUGGGUGUGCACAGU